AGGAGAGAGCUUAGAUCUCGUGCGGCGUAGUUUCUCCGGCUUGAACAAAAUGGGGUUGUCAUUCGGAAAGUUGUUCAGCAAGCUCUUUGCGAAGAAAGAGAUGCGUAUUCUGAUGGUUGGUCUCGAUGCUGCUGGUAAGACGACUAUCCUGUACAAGCUCAAACUUGGAGAGAUCGUCACCACUAUUCCAACCAUUGGGUUCAAUGUUGAGACUGUUGAAUACAAGAACAUCAGCUUUACCGUGUGGGAUGUCGGGGGUCAAGACAAGAUCCGUCCAUUGUGGAGACAUUACUUCCAGAACACUCAGGGACUUAUCUUUGUUGUGGACAGCAAUGAUCGUGACCGUGUUGUUGAAGCCAGGGACGAGCUUCACAGGAUGCUGAAUGAGGAUGAAUUGAGGGAUGCAGUUCUGCUUGUAUUUGCUAACAAGCAAGAUCUUCCCAACGCGAUGAACGCUGCUGAGAUAACUGACAAGCUUGGGCUUCACUCUCUUCGCCAACGACACUGGUACAUUCAAAGCACAUGUGCCACCUCAGGAGAAGGGCUCUACGAGGGACUUGACUGGCUCUCCAACAACAUCGCAAACAAGGCAUAGAUGGGAGGUUAGCCAGAUUUCUCUUUUACUUGUUUGGUUUAUAAAUCAAAGAAAGAGGUCUGUUUCGC